AUGCACCACCUUUUCCGUCUAGUGCUGGGCCAGAGGGAUCUGUCACGCGCUGGCGACCUCUUCUCUCUGGAGGAUGCAGAGAUUGAGGACUGUCUCUCCGAGGCACUGGAGGAGAUCAAGGCCAUUUCUUGCUCUCCGGACUACCUGACCAAUGACAAUGACCAGGCAGUGGUGGAAAUUUGCAUCACACGUAUUACAACAGCGAUCCGGGAGACACACUCCAUCGAGAGACAUGGGGCGGCACUGGUCUCUCUGUGGGAGUCCUGCUUGGAGCACAACCUUCAGCCCCAGGGCAAGGAUGAGGACACGCCCCAUGCCAAAAUUGCCUCUGACAUCACCAGCUGCAUCCUGCAGAACUACAACCAGCCCCCUGUGAUGGCACUGGCAGUGCCUGUGGCCGUGAAGUUUCUCCAGAGAGGGAACAAGGAGCUGUCACGAAAUAUGUCAAGCUACCUGUCCCUGGCAGCCAUCGCCAAGGCCGAGCUUCUGGCCGAGCAUACGGAGGCCAUCACCUGUAGCGUGCUGCGAGGGAACCACAUGCUCCUGCGGGUCCUGCCGUCCGUGUAUAAGAAGCAGCCGGAAGCCAUCCACCUCCACAUUGGGGAACUGACGGCGAUGAUGCCCCAGCUGGAGCAGCCGGAGCAGCAGCACCUUCUCAGGCUGCUGCAGAUGGUAGCCAAGCAACACCCCCUGGUGUUAAGCUCUCUGGUGCCCUCUUUGGUGGGGUACCUCAGUGACCCUGUGCUCAAUGACUCAGUGCUAACGGUGUUGGUGGACGUAUCCCUGGCCAGCCCAGCCUCUCUGUCCUCCUUCCUUCCCACGCUAAGAGGUAUCGGACAGCAGUUUCCUGCUCUCCUGGGCCACGUCGCCAAGAUCCAUGGAGCUGUGGGACUGACCAAUGAGGAGCAGGCCCACAGUUCUCUGGUCUAUCUGGUGUCCCUGCUGGCCAGCAUGGAACACAGCAUCCACCACACCCUGCUGCUGGAAAUCCGAGGGCUGACUGACCGCUUCUCCUCCAUCCUGGGGGGAUGCGGGAAGGACAUCUACCGCAUGAGCAACAGCUUCACUGCCAUUGCCCGUCUGCUGGGCCGCCGCUUGGAAGCUGACUCUACCACAGCUAGGGCGGAGCAUGAAAUGGAACAGUGUCCCAAGCCCUGCGAUCUUGAGCCGGGCGCGGGUGACGCGGACGAGAACGAGAAGCUGCAGGUGAAGAUCCAGGCAUUUGAGGAGAAGAUGGGCGGAGAGGGGGAGAGCGAGAGAGAGGGCGAGGGUGGGCCGCAGCGUCGAUACAGCCUGGGCCAGGCCGCCCGAGAGGAGCGCCGGGAAAUGAGAUUCAACAGGUCAAAAAGCCUGGCCCUGCAUGCUGUUCGCUCCCGCUCCAUCAACUCAGAAAAUGGCCAGGAUGGCGAAGCGGGGGAGUUGAAUCCAGAUACGCUCCUGUUUGAGGGGUCACCCAGCCCAGAGAAUGGAGUGCUCACAGACGGAACCAGUGUCACGGCAGAGGAGACUGCCCAGGAGGGCCCUGUCCCUCCCAGCAAGCCCCAUGCCCCCACAGAAAUGCCCCAGGACCCCUGCCUGGAUGAACAGGGACAGACAGACAGGGGCAGCCUGCAGGAAAGGGACAGACUGUGGGUCCACCUGAGGGACAAUGAGGAGAAGAUUAGAGCCUUCUGUGCUGACAUCAUCAAACGCAUUCCUGUGCCAGAGCAAUGUGUUGUUGAAGACUCCAGCCGGGGGUGUGUGGUCAAGCUAUCCUUCUCCUGCCCUCUGAAGGGGCAUUACUGCCUCUACGGCAAGUCCAGCUUUCAGCUCAGCAGCCGCCAGCCACACCUCUGGAUACACAUCAUGUUGCUCUCCCAACAGAGUAAGGCCAGCGAGCCCCUCUCCUCAGAGGACAAGGUUGUACAGCUUCUGAAGGUCCUGUGGGAGAAAACGCAGAUCAAGGGACUGCACAGCUUUGAGACGGCUAUGAUUCAGGCUGGCUUCCCACACAAGAAGGAUUUGGACAGCUUGCAGGUACACCUGGAGGAAGUGCGUUUCUUCGACUUGUUUGGUUACAGUGAAGAGGCAGGAGGCUGGCUGUGCUUUAUGUGUAAUAAUCCAGAGAAAGCCACAGUUGUGAACCAAGAGGGCCAGCCACUAAUUGAGGGAAAGCUGAAGGAGAAACAGGUGCGGUGGAAGUUCAUCAAACGCUGGAAAACACGUUAUUUCACCUUGGCCGGCAACCAGCUCCUCUUCCGAAAAGGAAAAUCAAAGGAUGAGCUGGGCGACAGUCCCAUCGAGCUGAGCAAGGUGCAGAGCGUGAAGGUGGUGGCGAAGAAGAGGCGGGACCGCAGCCUGCCGCGGGCCUUCGAGAUCUUCACCGACAGCAAGACGUACGUGCUGAAGGCGCAGGACGAGAAGCACACCGAGGAGUGGCUGCAGUGCAUCAACGUGGCCGUGGCCCAGGCGAAGGAGAGGGAGAACCGCGAGGCCACCACGUACCUGUGACCCAUCCAUCAACCCGCACCAUCAUAAACCACAGCCACCUCUGACCUCUUAUCUCUGACCUCUUACCCUCCCCCAGAAUGCAAGGACUGAGAGCCCACUGCCAAUCUAUUAACAGAUUACUCCACUACUGGGAUCCACACCGAAGCCCUGCCCAGACCGUUAGCACUGCCACCACCUUCGAUCCCACCCACCGCAGUAGCACUGUGAGGACAGGUCCUAUAAGU